AUGUCCUUAUCAUUUGCAAGGAGAAAAGAACUUACGGUUUCGUUUUUUGUUUUCGAACUCUUACAAAGUUCUUGGAGGCCCAUGAGUUCUCAUUUUCUUGCUCUGAUGUUUCUUCCACGUCAGUGGACUGAGAGCUUCGCGAAGAUUUGUUUCCAUGAGUCUCCAUGUACUUUGAAAUUGCUCGAGAAUAUGCACAAAACUGGCAGUAAAAUUCCUCAGUUGGGUCAAAGUCAGCAUCUGAAUCCAAACAGCUCUGAUGAAUCACUAGAGGACAGGAAUCUGAACCACAAACCAAACACUCUCAUCACCUUCAGGAUUCUCAUUGUCGCGAUCUUGUCUCUCCUCACCAUCAAAAUUGUCAUUGUAUGGUGGUACCAAAUCUUGAGCCUGAAUGCCUUGAGGCAAAACUCCAUCACGAUGUCACAACGAAUAACCUGCUUCUCACAUGGUAAAACUUCAUUAGAACCACCAAGCCCCUUCGGUGAAGUACACCCAAUUUCGUUAGAAGGUCUGUCCAUAUCCACGUCCCGAGCAGAAGACUCCAUUCCCAAACUGUAUCUUCUUCCCUCACUGUGCUUCACAUAUUCUGCAGUCUUAUCGGCUAAUUGUGCAUCAACAGCCGCAGAUAUCACUUUCUCACCUACAUUCGGUUCAUGGGAAAUGAUGUCAUGCUUAUUCUUCUUGACUAACUCUACAUGGGUUUCAGACACAUCUUCUGUCAGGUUCUCACUAGUGGCCCUUCUUUUCCUGUUAAGUGGUGCGAUAUUCUCAUCCAGUAAAUCUCUUUGUGAAACAUCACCAUCAUCGGCACCAGUUACUCCAUGCUCAGGUCCCAUUUUGACAUCUCUGGGAAAGGAGGUUUCAGAUGCAGUGGAGAUAUCUGCAGAUAUAUAUGGCACACCUCGCCCCUUGAAAACAAUUGACGAAUUAUGGCGGCGGCGACUUGAAUUUAGGUAUCAACAACCGGCGGCGACGCGGCGACGAGGCAGCGAUUGGAGUCGCGAGUCGACUAUCGGGUGUUCUCCAGCGAUUGUAGGUCCGACUCUACACCCGACGACGAACAGUGAAGCAAUCGAUGUCGAUCUCGAAAAAAAGGACGGCUCAUGA